UGAACCCGGCGGCUUCCGUAGGGCUCAGCAUGGCGGCCGCACUACUGCGAGAGUUGGGUGCACUGCGGGUACCUAACCUGGGGAUCUGGGCAACGCAGACGCUGCGGGUUUUACCCCCGUCGUGCAUCCACACGAGUGCUUCUCUUGACAUUUCUCGAAAAUGGGAGAAGAAGAAUAAGAUUGUUUACCCACCUCAGCUGCCUGGUGAACCUCGGAGACCAGCAGUAAUUCCCAGAGAUGUACCAUCCAGGAUACGAGGCAUGUCCAUUGAUCAGGCUUUGGCGCAGCUGGAGUUCAAUGAUAAAAAGGGGGCUCAGAUCAUUAAAGAGGUUCUCUUAGAAGCACAAGACAUGGCAGUGAGAGACCAUAAUGUGGAAUUCAGAUCCAACUUACACAUAGCUGCGUCUACCUCAGGCCGAGGCCAGUGCCUGAAGCGCAUCCGUUACCAUGGCCGAGGCCGCUUUGGCAUCAUGGAGAAGGUCUAUUGCCACUAUUUUGUGAAGCUGGUGGAAGGACCCCCACCCCCACCCGAAGCACCCAAGACAGCAGUUGACCACGCCAAGGACUAUAUUCAGCAGCUUCGCAGCCGGACCAUUGUCCAUACUCUAUGAGAUCUGUGCCGGUCAUCCUGGCUCCACGGUGUAUAUAGCUUAUGUUUAUUUUAAAAAGUAAAAACAAGUGAUUUUUAUGCG